AUGGCCUCGUUAUUCAGUGACGAGGAUGGCUCCCAUACGCAUGUAAGGGCCGCCGGGAGCACAAGGAACGGAAUAAAUGGAAUAAACCACAGAAACUCUUUUCGGUCAACAAAAAGUGGUAUGAGAUUCAAAGACAAGAACGGCGAAGACGUUGGCGAGCAACCGCCUCGCAUGUGGAAGGAAGGUGACCCUUACCGUUUUGCCCCACGGCGUCGUGGAGACCCUUGGGAGGAGUGUUUGAAACGCGUGGACAAUUACGACGACGAAAUGUGUCGAGGGUGGAAAGAGGAUAUCGACACUCUCCUCGUUUUCGCGGGCUUGUUUUCUGCGACUGUAACGGCCUUCACGAUCGAAUCAUACCGCUGGCUCCGAGACGACCCUGCUGAUGACACAGUCCGUGUCCUCAGGGAGAUUUCUCAGAAGCUUGACCAGAAUAUCAACAACACGAUAUUCGCCGCCGUUCACACCCGCCCGAACGGCUCGUUUGCUGCCCCAUUCUUUGCUGUGCGAAUCAACUCAGUUUGGUUCCUCAGUCUUAUCCUCUCCCUUUCCACAGUAAUGCUCGGAAUAUUGUGCAAACAGUGGAUCCGAGAACAUCGGAGGGACACCCCAUCUGCAUCACCGAAGGAGACUCUGGAGUUGCGUCAGAUCCGAUAUGAGAGUCUGGAAAGAUGGGGCGUUCUGACACUACUCUCCUCCCUCCCGCUCAUUCUGCAGCUCGCAUUGAUAUUGUUUUUCAUUGGGCUUCUUGAUCUGCUUUGGUCUCUCGAUUUUAUCGUCGCAAGUCUGGCAUCAUUCGCGAUCGCAAUCAGUGUGUUUAUCCUCUUUAUCACGACCAUUCUUCCCGGCUAUUACCUUCUAAUAUCGUCCUCGAUCGUUUUCUCGGACAAAGUCUAUAUUUGUCCCUACAAGUCACCACAGGCGUGGCUCAAUUACCGAGUUGGCCGGGUUCUGUUUUCUUGUUUCAAGAAGGACAUGAUGGAAUAUUCCAGCUGGGCAUCGAGCGAUCUUCACCUCAUUCGAAAUCAUUUCCCCAGUAGUCUCAACCCCAGAGAGUACCUUCUUAGGGGACUCAAAUGGAUGAUCGAGACCUUUAGCGACAGCACGGUCAUGGCCAACCAUAUUUUCUACUGUCUACAGGGCCUCCCCACACAACUGGUUGCCAGUGCGACCGGGCAACCUGACGAAACGUCGCGAGAUGUGAUCUAUUAUAAUUUCUUCAGAAACUCCUCCUGGGACCCAGAUAUAGGACGUUUCCUCGCGGAGCUGUUUCUUCGUCAGGUAAACAGCUCUGCUGAGGGACGGAGGGGUAUCAGCGAUGCUCUUGGCUCGUUUUGGAAUUUAGCAAUCAUGGAUUUCGUAGGAGAAGGCCUCAUUCCUGAACUCCAGAAUGAACUUCUUUAUCAGAUCAUCACAUCUAUGAAGCAGUAUUGCGCCGAUGGUCGAAUCACUCUCUUCGACAUGAACCCAAUCCUCGUUGUAUGCCGAGAGCUUUGGAAACACCCCUCUCGUCCAGUUCGACACUGGAGUCUUACCAUCCUCGAUGAUAUAGAAAAUUGGUUGACCCGAAUGCAAGACGACUUACGUGUGGACCUUAUACCCAGUCUGGCCGCAUCCGUGACAGAAAUUAUCCACGAGGAAAGCGAACUCGACCCUGCGUCGGACUUUAUUUCGCCUCGAGGUGCGAAGUUUGUCAGGCUCUUAGAUGAAUAUGCUGUGUCGAAGGGCAUCGACGUUGAUGCCUACUCGCUUCAUGACAUACCAUUAUCCUGGAGGGAUGCCAAGGCAAAGAUUCUGAAUCUGAUUGGCCUAGGCGCGGACUAUUUUGACCACGACUUCGGAAUGGAACGAGAGAAAAGGGAGACGCAGAGCUGA